AUGAACACUGGAUAUUUAGAAUUCAGUAAGAAAAAUGAAUGAGAAGACCACAGAAAGUUUUUCGUUAUCGUAAUUAAAAUUAAAGAGAUCAUUAAGUUUAAUAACGAUAAAUAAAAACUCGGGGCAGAAAUUGUUUGGCGUUGUAGUUAAAGUGUUUAACCGUUCAUACGUCCGACGGUCAAUGAAGGGGACAUAAUGUGAACAGAAUCAGCGAAAUGCGAAUGAAUGAUGGACAAGCGCUGUGUUAAUAGCAAAGAAAAAACCAUUUCUCAUGGCUGAUAAACACUAUUUUAAUAAACUGUAAUAGGCUGUAGUUAAAGUCUUAGAAUAACUUCAGCCAAACAUUAUAAACUCCUAAGAUAUCGGCAUAUUGUGACACUUCCACUGCUCCGAGUUUUAACUUCGAGUGAGGAUCCCCUAAAAUUAAGGAGAUUUUUAACAAGCAGUCGUUGGUUUGACCUUCUGCACAUGGACGCCUCUGACAACACAGGCAGCUUAAAAGAAAUGGUGGAGACUGUGGGACAGAAUGGCGGUCCGGCUGCUGAGAACUGCUCUGCACUAGAAGGCGUCCUGCCUGCAGAGAUGCUAAGAAUCAAACAGCAGAUGUCCAACCAGUGCUUUGAGAUGGCUGUGCAGCUCAAUGCAGGAAAAAGUAAGCGGUCCUGCAGCACAUCUGAGGCAGAAAGAGAGUUGCCAAACUUCGUCUCUGAGCUCGAACGCGUGAAGGGGGUCCAUUUUAACAGCACCCUGGUGCUGCACAGACUGCAGAUGUGGCACGCUAUAGGAGAAAAAAUGAAGCAGGCAGGUCCAGAUGCAGCAGUCCUGAAGACUGUGAGUGAUCGCUGCAUGGCUCUGUGUUCGCAGAUAAAACAGCUUCAGAUUGAGAACAGAAAUCUGCAAAAUGAAAUUACAGAAAUACAAAAGCAGAGACUGGAGAUUAAGCGACUCACACAUGAAAAAAUGAAAGAGAUGGAGGGGUUAAUGUCCAGCAAAGAGCAUCCAGAAAAGUACAAUGCUGUGUUGGAGAAAGGCCUGGCCAACCUGGAGAAAUAUAAAAAGAUGACCAUAGUAACACAGAAUGUCCUCAGGGGCAUCCUGUUGGCCUGUAAAGUUAACUGGCUGGAUGACCCAACACUUCGGGAAACUGUGAUGACACUGGAGGAGUUCCCAAUCUCUGAGUAGAGCAUACAUUAAUUUAUUUAGUUAUAUAUUUCUGUCUUGUGCUGUCUAAUAAAAAUGUAUCUGUCGAACGUC